AUGAUAGAUACUUUAAAUGAACGAACCUCAAGGCUCAUUUUAAAAGGUCAGCUGUUUAAAUGUGGUAAUGUUGCAAGUAAAAAUGAUGUAGAGAAACUUGAAACUAAAAUCAUACAUGCAAUUGAUCCAAGUAUUGAAAAGGGCAAAUACACUAAAAAGGAUUUAGACAAUAAGUUAGGAUAUUCUUCAUUUGUUAACAAACAUUGUAGAGAAAGAAAGUACAUGUUUCAAAUAAGAAAAUGUAACAAUGCUUUAUGCUGUAAUCCAUCUCGUAGCAAAAUAACUCUACCCUGGCUGCCAGAUCCUGAACUAGAUACUAGUAACAUAGGACAUUACAAGUCUUUUGAAUCAGUUUUAGGUCUUGAUACAACUGAGGACUUACCCAGUACACUAAAUGAUACCGUAGCUCAUAUUGCAGAGCAAGAACAAGGGUGCAAAAACUCAGUUCUUACGGCACAAAACGUACGAGGUAUUAUUGACUGUUAUGAAUGUGGAAAACCACGUUGUAAAUAUGCAAAAAAUAAAUUAAGUCUAAGACAAAAUAGAAGUCUAAAAAGUCUUCGAGACAAAUAUGACUAUUCUUGUGGUUCUGUUAUAACUCCUGAUGGUCAUGCUUUACAAGGUGUCAUAUUCUGUCGUCUACAACUUUCUUGUAUAUCAAAUAUAGAAUUCCCCUAUUAUUCCUCUGGUAUUGGUAGGAGUGAUUUAUGCUGUCAUUGUGCAAAAGAGGGGGCAGAAAGAGACAAAGCACUCUGCAAUUCCUAUAAAAUUGUUUUGCCAGUUUGCAAAGAAUGUUUAGAAAGUGGAAAACAAACCCCCAAACGCCAACCAAAAAACAAAUGAACUGAAAAAAACGUUAUUGAAUAUCUGCUAGUAAUAGUAUGCCUGACACUAUGUAUUUUUAGUAUUUAUCAUUGUAAUAUAUUAAAUCUUCAAGUUUCUUAGUUGUUAAUUUCAUAUAUAAUAUAUUAAAUACUUUGAUCUCUAAAUGUCCAACAAAUUAUUAAGAUCAAUGUUCUUUUAAUACUAAAUAAGUAUAGAGCACAGUUCAAGUUUACUGUCAGAGAUACAGUCUAUGUCAGUUUUUUCUGUAAGAGAUUUGGUAUUUAAAUAUACAUUUAUGUUAAAGUUUAUUGUUAAAAGUUCCCUCAUUGUUUGGAAAUGAAGGCAUUGAAUAUGGUUAGU